UCCUCGGGAGCAAUACGCGUAAUAAUUUGACAUAUAUUCUUGGAAUCGCCUCGAGCUUUACUAGACACACACAUAUCUUCAUGGCAGAAAGCUCAUCUCUCUUCAUCGUGUUCGUAUACUUGUUUCCCCUGCUGUUUCAUCUUCUUACCGCUGCUUCUCACUCUGUGCCCUGGUGCCACGAGGAUGAGAGGUCUGCUUUGAUGCAACUCAAGCAAAGCUUGAAAGAAGGCCCCGAGUAUUGCAGCAAACUCUAUGACUCAUGGGGUGAUGACAAGAAGCUCGAAUCGUGGCAGUUAGAGGGGGGCCAAGAAGGCAGCAAUUGCUGUACCUGGAGCGGGGUCCAAUGUGACGGACGCACUAACCACGUCAUCGGCCUCGACCUCAGAAAAGCUUGCCUCUACGGCUCCAUCAACUCCAGCAGCAGCCUGUUUCGUCUCAGUCACUUAGAGAAUCUCGAUCUUUCACUUAAUAACUUCAAUUUUUCUCCCAUACCACCCGCAAUUGGCAACCUUUGGAGGCUCACCAUGCUGGAUUUGAGUGCUAAUGUGUUCACUGGUGAGAUCCCAUCUUCCUUUAGUAACCUCACUCGACUCUCGUACUUAGAUCUGAGUGUCAAUCAGUUGACGGGCCAAAUCCCAUCUUUGCUAGGGAACAUCCAUCAACUCUCCGAGAUAGAUCUAGGCUACAACAAGUUGACAGGCCAAGUCCCAUCUUCUUUCCAAAACUUGACUCAAUUAUCUCGUUUACGCUUGAACCAAAAUCAAUUGACUGGCCAAAUCCCAUCUUUCUUCACCACCCUCAAUGAACUGCGUAUGCUAUAUCUGAGCAAAAACCGAUUGACUGGCCAAAUACCAUCGUUCUUGGGGAACCUCAGCCAACUCUCUAAAUUGGAUCUCAGCGUCAACCAACUCACAGGACAGAUGCCAUCUUUCGUUUGGAACUUCACGCAAAUCUCACGUUUACGUCUUGGGCAAAAUCAAUUGACAGGUCCUAUUCCAUCUCAACUUGGGAGCCUCAUCUACCUGGAGUAUCUUGACCUUUCUCUGAACAGAUUCCAUGGGCCUGUCCCAAGCUCAAUCUCUCAUCUCAGUAAUCUUUGGUACCUUAACGUUUACGGAAACAACCUGAGCGGGAACCUGAACUUGGGCAUGUUUUCGGGGCUCCAGGGGCUCAUGGCACUAGUCCUAUCAUUCAACGACUUUACCCUGCUCCCCGAGCCCAAUGCAAGUGAAAGUUAUCCACUGUUCCGGUCUUUAGGUUUGGCUUCAUGCAAAUUACAUGAGGUCCCUGAAUUUUUACGUCAUCAGCAUGAUCUUAAAUGGCUUGACCUUUCCUACAAUAACAUAUCAGGGCAGAUACCCGAGUGGUUUUCGGGCUUUGUAUCUGUGAGAUCCUUGAACCUUUCUUAUAACUCUCUGACUGGAUUCCCACAACACCCGGUGUUUCUGAAUUGGACGCGGCUCAGAAGUCUUGAUGUCAGGUCCAACCAGUUGCAGGGACCACUUCCUGCCGUUCCUCACGCAAGCAUUCAGUUCUAUUUCGUCUCCAAUAACAGACUCUCUGGAACAAUAUCACCGGUGAUAUGCAACAUGAACAAUAUACAGCUACUGGAUCUGGCAAAGAACAACUUCAGCAGUGUGAUUCCACGAUGUUUGAGCAACUUGAGCAGCACUUUGACGGUGUUAAGUCUACACGACAACAACUUCUAUGGAGGAAUCCCGCAGUUGAGUAAAGGCACUUGUAGCUUGAGGAUGAUAGAUUUUAGUAGCAAUCUACUGGAAGGUCCGCUGCCGAGGUCACUAGCAAACUGCACCGAGCUGGAGUUUCUCAAUAUGGGGAAUAAUAUGAUUCGGGACAUUUUUCCUUCUUGGUUGGGCUCACUUGCAAACCUAAAGGUAUUGAUUUUGCAGUCUAACAGAUUGCAAGGACCGAUAAUGGAGCCUAAGAGCAACUUCGAGUUCCCUAACUUGCAGAUUUUGGACCUCUCUCGCAACAAAUUAGUAGGUUUAUUGCCAUCGAACUACUUCCAGUAUUGGAAAGCAAUGAGAGUUUUAAACACCGGCGGAUCAAGCUAUAUUGGGUAUUCUUGGAAUGUGCCUCAGUCUCCCUUUAUGUCUUCUUUUGUGUCGGUUAAAGGUGGCUAUGAUUUCUCAAUGACAAUAGUCAAUAAAGGCACGGUAAUGGUGUAUGCAAAGAUCUUGGAAUACCUAACCGUGAUCGAUCUUUCGAGCAAUAACUUCACCGGAGAGAUUCCGAAAUCUAUUGGAAGCUUAGAGGGACUCCAUCUGCUCAAUCUCUCUCACAAUCUACUCGCAGGCCGUAUUCCUCCUGCCCUGAAUGGUCUGACCAAUUUGGAAGCCCUCGACCUUUCUCGCAACCACCUCAGCGGAGAGAUCCCUGAGAAACUAACGGAGCUGACUUACCUAGCAGUUUUCAACGUAUCUUACAACCAACUGUCAGGGUCCAUACCUCGAGUGAAGCAAUUCAACACAUUUGACAACAGCUCUUACAAAGGGAAUGCUGGACUAUGUGGAGAGCCUUUGUCAAAGAAAUGCGCAGGCCCGGAUAAUGUGGCUCCACCAGCACCUGCAGCUGGAGAUGAUCAUGAAGGCUCGAAUACUUUAUUUGAUGAUUUUGACUGGAAGAUCAUUCUGAUGGGGUUUGCAAGUGGACUAGUCAUUGGUGUGGUUCUAGGACAAGGCAUUAGCAUUAGAGGAGACAACUUGUUUGUGAGAAAGUUCGGCCGGAGAUAUCGAAGAAGACAUGCAUAGAUCAGAAAAGAUUAUGUUGCUCUACUUGAAAGGAUGGGAUAUGGAGGAGAAUCUCGAAUCUUGGCAGGACCUUUUCUUCUUUUGGAACUUGUAUUGCUUUACUGCUAUAUUCUUUUGCUCGAUUUUGAUGUUUCUUAUGAGACUACUAUUGUAGCUGGAGGGGAAUUCGCUGUAUUUGUCUGUCUGUUCUGCUCCUUCGCAUGUUUUCCUCUCCCUGUUGUUGCACAGUAUAUUGUCUUUUAAGCACUUGGUAGCUUUCAAUGAAACUGUCAGCCACACUUGUUGUUCUCUUGUGAAACUAUUGACAUAUA